AUGGUAAAUAAAAAGCAUAAAGCAAUUCAUAAUAAAGCAUAUUCAAGUUGUGGUUCAAAUAUUGGUUCAAAAAUGUCAAAUAGAGAUGGCUAUAGAAGAGAUAGGUCACCAACAAAGAUUGACAAAGACAGAGAUAGGUACAGGGAUAGAGAUAGAGAUCGAGACAGAUAUAGAGAAAAGGAUAACGACAGAGACUACAUAAAUAGAGAUAGAUAUAGUGAUAGAGAUGGAGAUAGAGAUAGAGAUAGAAAUAGAGAAUAUAGAAGAGAUGGAGAUAGAUAUAGAAGUAGUAAUAUAGACAGUGAAGAUAUUGGUAGAGAAAGGGAUAGUUAUAGUUAUAGAGAUACUCAUAUUAGAGGAAGAGAAAGAGAUGACUAUUACAAAAGGAAAAAAAUUGACAAAUCACCAACAAUACAUCCAGAAGUUAAUUAUUUGGAAGUGAUUCCAGAUGUACCAGAGAACAAAGAACUCAGAGACUUUAUAAAGAAAGGUCCAAUUUAUGGUGUUCCAUUAAAGAAUUAUAAUAUAUUGCAAUGUUGGAGAUGCAAAGGCUAUGGUCAUAAAGCUGCUGAUAAAGAGUGCCCAGGCUAUUUGCGUGGUAAUUCAAAUAAUGAAAAAGAUCGUUUACAAAGAGAAGACCCAAUGAACUCAAAUUAUGAUUUUGAUAAUACUGAAAAAAUAAAUAAUAGUAAUGAUAACAAUAAUAAUAAUAAUAAUAAUAAUAAUAAUAAUAACAACAAUAAUGAUAUUGUGGAUAAAAAAUUAGUAAGAAGACAAAAUAAACUAAAACAACUUCAAGAUUUACUUUUCAGAGCAGAAGAAAAUGAAAGAAAAAGGAAGGAAAAAAGGAAAAGAAAAAAAAGAAAAUUAAAAAAUAAAAAAUAUAGUGACAGUAGCAGUAGCGAUGAUAGUAGUGAUAGCAGUAGCAGCAGCAGAAGCAGCAGUGAUAAUAGUAGUAGCGAAAGUGAAAAUGAUAAAUAA